AUGACUUUAUGUGAUGAACACAUCUCUGUUUUGUGCAAGGGGAAAUUUUCUAACGUAUCUUUUUCUUUUUCUAUCUACAUUAAGCUUCAGAGUGAUGUCCUGAGAGAAGCUAUUACUCAGAUAUCAACUGAUGCUAAGGAGAAGAAGCGCAACUUCAUUGAAACUGUUGAACUGCAGAUUGGGUUGAAGAAUUAUGAUCCCCAGAAAGACAAGCGUUUCAGUGGUUUAGUAAAGUUGCCUCAUAUUCCUCGCCCCAAGAUGAAGGUCUGCAUGCUUGUUGAUGCUCAGCAUAUUGGAGAGGGACUUAUAUUGCAAGAUGAAGUUUGUUAUACAGGGACUUAUAUAGCAAGAUGAAGUUUAUAUAACAAG